UAUUGGCCCCUAUUAGAAAGCGCACCCCGGGCCCCCUGGUGUCUGUCUCACCAGUGCUUCCCCUCUUCCACGACAUGUGCGCCGCUCAGCUGACGGCGGCCGCGGCGGCCGCGCAGGCGGCUGCGGCCCCGGGCUCCGUGUAUGCCUACUCCGCGCGCCCGCUGGCGGGCGGGGAGCCCGUGAGCCUGGGCUCCCUGCGGGGCAAGGUGCUGCUCAUUGAGAAUGUGGCGUCGCUCUGAGGCACAACGGUCCGGGACUACACCCAGAUGAACGAGCUGCAGCGGCGCCUCGGGCCCCGGGGUCUGGUGGUGCUCGGCUUCCCGUGCAACCAGUUCGGGCAUCAGGAAAACACCAAAAACGAAGAGAUCCUGAAUUCUCUCAAGUACGUCCGACCUGGCGGCGGGUUCGAGCCCAACUUCACGCUCUUCGAGAAGUGCGACGUGAACGGCGCACAGGCGCACCCGCUCUUCACCUUCUUGAGGGAGGCUCUGCCGGCGCCCAGUGACGACACCACCGCGCUAAUGACCGAUCCCAAGUUCAUCAUCUGGUCUCCGGUAUGCCGCAACGACAUUGCCUGGAACUUCGAGAAGUUCCUGGUGGGCCGGGACGGCGUUCCUGUGCGCAGAUACAGCCGCCGCUUCCCGACCAUCGACAUCGAGCCCGACAUCGAAGCCCUGCUGUCCCAGGGGCCUAGCAGUGCCUAGGGCACCCCUGCUGCCUCUGCUUCUUGGCAGACACAGCGCUGCCCUCCGGGGGUUUUAUCCAUGAUGGUGUUUCCGCUAAACCUGCAAGGAGGUACACCUGAUGUCCAGGAAAAUCCCCUGGGGUGGGCGCUGGGCCUGACCAUCACAGCCUCUCCCUCCCACACCGCCACCCCUCUCAAUAAAGUGUCCUGUCAGCAGAA